AUGCUAUUUGGAGGCAUAUCCAUGGAGGAACAUAUAGACAUCUACAGAUUAGACAAUGGCACCCUGACGGCCGUUACGUAUCACAAUGAAGUCCUUGGACCCAUUGUCAGAUUCUAUGCUGGUGCAGUGGGUCCUGGGUUCCUCCUGGUACAGGACAGUGCCCAGCCUCAUGUGGCAAGAAUUGAGGAAGAAGAGCUGGAGAGGCUGGAGAAAAGGCUGGCAGGCUAUGGCAGACUGGGUAAACUAAACAGAGGGAGGGAUGGCAUGGAGCUGGUGAGGCUGGCAGGGAAAAGCAAACAGGAGAGCAACAACAAGAGACAGAAGGGAAGGGAGGUGUGUGACAGCCCACUGGUCUCCAGCCUGCCUCCAUCAUCCUUCAGGAGCUCUUCACAGCUGUCCACCAGCCAUGCGCCAGGCUUUGCCAAACUCAACAGAAGAGACGGAGCUGGAGGUUGGUCACCUAUUAUUUCAGACCGAUAUCAGUGGCUCGAGGUUGACUUGGGUGAGCGGACCAAGAUCACAGCUGUCGCCACACAGGGCCGGUAUGGCAGCUCUGAUUGGCUAACGUCUUACCUGCUGAUGUUCAGUGACACGGGGCACAACUGGAGGCAGUACAGACAGGAGGACAGUAUUGGGUCUUUUCCAGGUAACAGUAACGCAGACAGUGUGGUCCACUACAAGCUGCAGCAGCCGGCAAUCGCCCGCUUUAUCCGUCUCAUUCCUCUGGACUGGAAUCCAAACGGUCGGAUUGGACUCCGGCUGGAGACCUAUGGAUGUCCUUACACCUCUGAUGUGGUUAGCUUUGAUGGUGGCAGCAGCGGUCUGUUGUACUGGUUGACUUCUGGGCUUAAGCGGACAUCCAGAGAUGUUGUCACUCUGAAGUUUAAAGCCCUGAGGAAUUCUGGGACACUGCUGCAGGCAGAGGGACAGGAAGGACUCGGCCUCAGUCUGGAGUUAGAGAGAGGAAAGCUACUACUGCUGCUGAGACAAGGCAGGACUUCAUCCAAUGAACCCCAGCGCCUUGUUUCCCUUGGCAGCCUGUUGGAUGAUCAGCACUGGCAUCAUGUAGCAGUGGAGCGGCGUGGCUCUCACCUAAACCUCACUGUGGACAAACACACAGAGAGGGUUCAAAUCCCUGCAGACUUCAACCACUGGAGCAUUGAACAGCUGAGUUUGGGGGCAGUUCAGAGUGAAGUCUCUCAGAAACCAGUAACCUCCAAGAAGAACUUCAACGGGUGCCUGGAAAAUCUGCUGUAUAAUGGCCACAACCUGAUAGAACUAGCUAAAAACAAAAAACAACAAGUUACUAUUUCGGGCAAUGUCACCUGUGCUUCUCUGAAUGACGGUCAGUGGCAUUCAGUGGAGCUGAAUUCCAGACGAGGUCGUCUAACCAUCACAGUGGAUAAAGAGGAAAGAGACAGCUCUCAAGCCAGCCCAUCGUUUCCUGUCACUAUAGAAAGUCACCUCUUCUUCGGCGGUUGUCCAGUUGAAGAUGGCAGUCAGAAGUGCAGAGACCUGUUUGAUGUCUUCCAGGGCUGCAUGCGUUUGUUUACUGUGGACAAUCAAAACCUGGACCUGAUUAAAGUGCAGGAAAAGCAACUUGGAAACUACAGCAACCUGCAGAUUGACAUUUGUGGAAUCACUGACAGGUGUUCUCCCAGUCCUUGUGAACACGGCGGUCCCUGCAGUCAGUCCUGGACUGUCUUUCACUGCAACUGCUCUGACAGUGGCUACAGUGGAGCGACCUGCCACAGCUCUGUGUACGAACAGUCCUGUGAGGCAUACAAACACAAUGGCAACACAUCGGGACAUUUUUAUAUCGACGUGGACGGCAGCGGACCAAUCAAACCGCAGCUGGUCUACUGCAACAUGACAGAGGAGAACACAUGGAUGGUGAUCCAGCACAACAACACAGAACUGACCAGACUCCGACCAUUUACAGGCGUAAACCAGUAUUCAAUCCACUUUGACUACUCGUCUGAGGAAGAGCAGCUGUUGGCCGUUAUUAAGCAGUCGGAGCACUGUGAACAGGAACUGUCUUAUCACUGCAAAAAGUCCCGUCUCCUCAACACCCCAGAGGGCUCUCCACUCAGCUGGUGGUUCGGCGGACCCGGUGCAGGUCGAGUUCAGACUUAUUGGGGUGGAGCUCAACCGGGCAGCCAGCAGUGUGCCUGCGGCCUGCAGGGCGACUGUGUCGAUCUACAACACUACUGCAACUGUGAUGCUGACCGCAUGGAGUGGACUGAAGACUCAGGCCUGCUCACCCAUAAGGAGAGCCUACCUGUCAGGUCUCUGGUGUUGGGUGACAUACAGAGGCCAGGAUCAGAGGCUGUGUACAGGGUGGGACCACUGCAGUGUCACGGCGAUCGGAAUUUUUGGAAUGCUGCGUUUUUCGACAAGGAGACAUCGUACCUCCACUUUCCUACUUUCCACGGAGAGCUGAGCGCAGAUAUCUCCUUCCUGUUUAAAACCAUGGCCUCCUCCGGUGUAUUUCUGGAAAACCUGGGCAUCAAAGACUUCAUCCGGAUUGAACUGAGCUCCUCCACUCAGGUGGUUUUCUCCUUUGAUGUUGGUAACGGCCCGUUGGAGGUUCGUGUCGAGUCGAGCUUCCCACUGAAUGACAACCGGUGGCAUCGAGUCCGAGCCGAGCGGAACGUCAAGGAAGCGUCGCUUCGACUGGAUGAACUUCCUGUCGCCACACAGGAGGCGCCAGCUGACGGACACUUCCACCUGCAGCUCAACAGCCAGCUGUUCAUAGGAGGCACAGCAUCCAGGCAGAAGGGCUUCCGCGGCUGUAUCCGCUCUCUGCAGCUGAACGGCGUCACUCUGGACCUGGAGGAGAGGGCGAAGAUAACACCGGGCGUUCAACCCGGCUGCCCGGGUCACUGCAGCAGCUACGGCUCGCUCUGCCAGAACCAUGGCCGCUGUGUGGAGAGAGCUAAUGGCUUCCACUGUGACUGUAACCUGUCAGCGUACACCGGAGUCUUCUGCCAAACAGAGGUGUCAGCCAGCUUCAAGUCAGGAACAUCUGUCAGCUACACCUUCAAGGAGCCCUACGAGAUGAGCAGGAACAGCAGCGCUCUGCCAUCCUCCAUCUACUCUGACAUGACGCUCAGAGGAGAAAACGUCUCCCUGAGCUUCAGGACGAACCAGAGUCCAGCUCUGCUGCUCUACGUCAGCUCCUACUACAGAGAAUACCUGGCUGUGCUCAUCAAUAAACAUGAUAAGCUGGAGGUGAGAUACAAGCUGGACAGCAGCAGAGACACCGAAGUGCUGAGGAGCAAAGUGAGGAGCCUCGCCAACGGACAGCUGCACACCGUCUCCAUCAGGAGGCUGACAGACUCUGUGUCUGUGCAGAUUGACCAAAAUGCCAGAGAAGACUUCAACCUGACAUCUGACGGGGAAUUUAAUGCAAUCAAGUCGCUGGUGUUGGGCAGAGUGCACGAGUCUGAUGACCUAGAUGCAGACCUAUCCAGGUUGGCUUCCCUCGGUUUUACAGGCUGCCUGUCAGUUGUCCACUUUAACACCAUCAGUCCUCUGAAAGAAGCUCUGCUCCGCCCCAACUCCAGCCCCGUCAUCAUCACUGGACCUUUAGCUCAGUCCAACUGCGGCUCCGCAGCUUCUGCCAAUUCCUAUUCAGCUGAGAACACACACCACCUGUCAGACCAGUCUGGUUCAGUGGGUUCAGGUGUACCCUUAGUCAAUUCCAUCAGGAUUGACUCGGCCCUAAUUGGAGGUGUCAUUGCAGUAGUCAUCUUUGUGAUUGUGACUGCACUGGCGAUAACGGCCAGAUUCCUCUACCGGAGGAAGGAUACAUAUCGUAGCAAGGAAGUGAAGGGAGUCAAACAGGAGGACAGCCAAGACUUUCCUUUUAACAACCAGGCUGACUCCCAGAAUCUCUCCACUGAAAACCCAAAGGAGUAUUUCAUUUAACUGGAGGCCCGAUGACCCGAUGCACUGCUGGGCUUUUGGACCCGAAGCUGCAGACAGACGCAUCUUGACACGCCUUGGGACUUUGCAGUGCACUCGAGAGCCACUCAGACACUUCUAUGACAGAAGUGGCUCUGCAGCAUGUGAAAAGCAAAGAAGAACAAUUUUCACAGUGUUGUCUUUCUGUUGCUUAAUGUAAAAUGUGAAUACACUGAUGCAACAGCGUUGGACUUUAAGGGUGUUGAUAUACUUGUUCAAGCAACUGUAAAUAUUCAGCAACGUGAAACACUGAAUAAUGUCUUUGUAACAAUCUGGCUAAUGUUGAAAUGUUGGAAAUAAUGGAGGUAACAGUAUUUUUAUUGUGCAUGGGCAGGGAGAGUGUGAAGCUGUCUUCUGUUUGGAUUUCACCUGGAGAAAGAUGGGGAUGAACUCCAAACUGCCUGCGAGACAUUUGCCUGCAUUUCAAAUGAUCCAACAAAAGCCAUCCAUGGAUAUUUUAUAUUUACCUUUUUCAUGUUUCCAGCUAUUCUUCCCAGUAACUGGCUGUUUUUAACCCCUUCUCGAGUUUUCAUUAACGUUUGUGAGGUCAGUGGUCUAAAUAUACAGUAUAUGCGAAUUACAUCCGUAGAAAUUAUUCCUCAUCACACAAACACAUUCCAAAGUUAUGAGUUUGAUCACUGUUGACGGAAAAUGUGUAUCCUGACAAUAAGAAAGCAAUGUUACCACAAA